AACGGCCAUCGCGGCGUCCGCGGCGGCGUCCCGGUGCCCUCGUCAGUACUGAAGCUGCUGAAGAUGGCAGAGGAAGUGGUGGUAGUAGCCAAAUUUGAUUAUGUGGCCCAACAAGAACAAGAGCUGGACAUCAAGAAGAAUGAGAGAUUAUGGCUUCUGGAUGAUUCUAAGUCCUGCUGGCGAGUUCGAAAUUCCAUGAAUAAAACAGGUUUUGUGCCAUCUAACUAUGUGGAAAGGAAAAACAGUGCUCGGAAAGCAUCCAUUGUAAAAAACCUAAAGGAUACCUUAGGUAUUGGAAAAGUGAAAAGAAAACCUAGUGUGCCAGAUUCUGCAUCUCCUGCUGAUGAUUGCUUUGUUGACCCAGGGGAACGUCUCUAUGACCUCAACAUGCCUGCUUAUGUGAAAUUUAACUACAUGGCAGAGAGAGAGGAUGAAUUAUCAUUGAUAAAAGGGACGAAGGUGAUCGUCAUGGAGAAAUGCAGUGAUGGGUGGUGGCGGGGUAGCUACAAUGGACAAGUUGGAUGGUUCCCUUCAAAUUAUGUGACUGAGGAAGGAGACAGUCCUUUGGGUGACCAUGUGGGUUCUCUGUCAGAGAAAUUAGCAGCUGUCGUCAAUAACCUCAAUACUGGGCAAGUACUGCAUGUGGUCCAGGCUCUCUAUCCAUUCAGCUCGUCCAAUGAUGAAGAACUUAAUUUUGAGAAAGGAGAUAUAAUGGAUGUUAUUGAAAAACCUGAAAAUGACCCUGAGUGGUGGAAAUGUCGGAAGAUCAACGGAAUGAUUGGUCUGGUGCCAAAAAAAUAUGUUACCAUUAUGCAAAAUAAUCCAUUAACUGCAGUUUUGGAACCAUCACCCCCACAGUGUGAUUACAUCAGGCCUUCACUCACUGGAAAGUUUGCUGGCAAUCCAUGGUAUUAUGGAAAAGUCACCAGACAUCAAGCAGAAAUGGCAUUAAAUGAAAGAGGGCAUGAAGGUGAUUUCCUCAUUCGUGAUAGUGAAUCUUCGCCAAAUGAUUUCUCAGUAUCACUAAAAGCACAAGGGAAGAACAAUCAUUUUAAAGUCCAACUAAAAGAGACUGUCUACUGCAUUGGGCAGCGUAAAUUCAGCACCAUGGAAGAACUUGUAGAACAUUACAAAAAAGCACCAAUUUUUACAAGUGAACAAGGAGAAAAACUGUAACUUAUCAAGCAUUUAUCAUGAUACUGCUAACCAGAAAUGACUGCUACACAGCUGUAAUUUGUCAUGUAAUUGAAGACUGAGAAAAUGUCAGUCCAAUCGUGCUUGAUUGGAAAUUGCUGUUUCUGACUCUAUAUGAGAAUUGACCAUAUAAAACAUAAGUAUUUUUAUUGUAAUUAAUCCUAUACAUGUAUACUACAUAUGCAAAUCAUCUGCAUAGAGCAAUUCUUUAUCCUUCCUUAGUCUUCUGUUUUUUGGUUUUCUUUGCUUUUAAUAUUAAGGGGUUUUUUAUUUUGA